AUUUAUUCCAUCACCUUUUCUUUUAUGGUAUUCCAUCACCUUAUUUAUUGUAUUUUGUUUUUAUAAAUCUAAGAACUUUUUUAAUUCACGCAAAUAUAAUAAUGAUAUUGGGGUAUAAGUUGUACGUAGUGUUGUACUGUGCAACCGGUACGACCUACUCAUGGUGCUUCCAAAAAUUCAUACUUAAGCUCCAUCUGUUCCCCGAUUAAGCUCGUAAUUUCACAUUUGAGCUAAGAUUUAUAAACAUUGAUUAUUAAUUAUUCAAAAUUAAAAUUAGUUUAUUACACAUAAUUUCAUUGUAUUAUUCAAAUCUUAGUGUAUUGUAGAUUUUAAAAGUAUAGAUUUUUAGAUAUUUAAAAAUAAACUAAUUUCAUUGUAUACUUUCAUUUAAAACAACAUUAUAUAAAGUCAAAUAAAAAGUUUAAUCGGGGGAGGAGGUAUGCAGUGGAGUAUAUGAAGUGAUAUAUGUCAAAACAAUAUAGUGUUGUGCUCGAUCAUUGUAGGCAAAUAUAUACUUCAUACACAAGUAGAUGCAUGGCGCAUCAUAAAUAAGUUCAUUGAAUUGAGAAUGAAUUAUUGUAAAUUUAUACUACGUAUCAAAAUUAUAUUAUUCCUCUAGUUCCUCAGAUGUCAGAUCACUCUGUGAAUCUACUUUUGCUUGAGUUUGCUCCUUCAACAAAAAAAAAAGGGAAAGUUCCCAAAAUGGGACUAAAAAAGUUUGAAAAUUCCAAAAUAGGACUGUCAUGUUUUUAUUCCCAAAAUAGGACUAAUUACUGCUAAAGUUGGAAAAUACUGUCAUGUUUGAAGUCUAGUACUGCCAAAACAUGACAGUAAUUAGUCCUAUUUUGAGAAUAAAAACAUGGAAGUCCUAUUUUGGAAUUUCCAAACUUUUUUAGUCUCAUUUUGGGUAAUAUCUCAAAAAAAUACGUACUAUAUCUUAGCUUCUAUAUAUACCCUUGUUUUUUAUUUCUUCUUUUAUGCAAUAUACUAUCGUAUUUCGUAUAUUUUAGUGGUUUACUUUUCAAAUUCAUCCAUGUUUUAUGCUCCUUUGUUUCUCCAAAAAAGUGUUACAAGUAAACACAUUCACACCGUCACACGUAUUUAACAUUAUGACAACACCAUCUAAUUCAAACCAAACAUAUGUAUAACAUUCCGAGAAUAUUUCUACCUAUAAGAGCUUAUCUAUGGCUGGGUUUGAAAGAAGAAUUAAUAUUUUGAUAGCGUAAAUGCAUUUUUAUUAUGCCGGUGAACGUAAGUUUUACAUGAUCUUUUAAUUUAUAGGAGAAUUUCUAGAACAGCAUAUAAGCCACGAGCAAUUUCUCACACGUUUAAUUCGACAAAUUUUCUUAUCUUUCUUUAAAUGUCAAUUUAUACAUAUUUUGAACCCCAUAGCUUCUAAUGUCUUUGUAAGGAUCGUUUUCUUCCGUCUCCGGCUCAGGUCUUUCAACACACACUCUCACACACCACUUUAGGGGAGGCUUUGCACAACUCUAAGUUUUUAUCUCACCACUAAGUCCUUCUCAGUUCUCACACAAAGGGAAAGAGAAGGAGAGCACUGCUCUCAGGAAGGUAUCACUCGCAGGCUGCUUCAACAAGGGAAGAAGCAAGGACUUCAAAUAGGCUGCCAAGGGAGUUCACGGGUGAUGCUAGACAAAAGACAAUCACAUGCUACCAAUACAAAGGAGAGUCACAUGUAUAGGCCAAGAAAAAGUGAUGCAGCGGACAGAACACAAAGGGGCCAGCCAAGUGGGUAAGUCAACCCUCAAACAUGUAUAUUAUUGAUCAGAUAAAAUACCAAGGUAAAGGUACCAAAGUGGGAGUAAAACAAUAGGGUGCAAGCCUCAACAAAUAAAGUGGGAGGCCUUGGUAGGACCAAUACCUCCAACAUUCUCCACCUUAUCAGAGCAUGACAAACAAAAACAACUUGUAUGUUUGUCAUGCUGAACCCCUACUUGAUUUUGUGAAUUGUGUGCAACCUUGUGUGCUAGGAAAACAGUCUAGAGUUGGUUUUCCUGAUCUGCCUAAGUAUACUAAUGUGCUUGAUUGUAUUCAUGCUGACUUGUGGGGUCCUUAUAGUGUUUCCACUCAUGGUGGGAAAAAUUAUUUUCUGACGUUGAUUGAUGAUUUUUCAAAGAAAGUGUGGGUUUUGUUGAUUGAGAAUAAAUCUGAAGUUUUUGAUAAGUUUAAAAACUGGAAAACCCUUGUUGAAAAACAAACCGGUAAGAAAAUAAUUUUUUUAAGGACCACUGUCAGUUUUGAUUUCUGUGAUAGUCAGCUUGGUGAUUUAUGUGAUACUUGGGGUAUUUCUAUGCAUAAAUAUGUUCCCUCCACACCCCAACCGGAUGGGGUUGCUGAGAGGAUGGUUAGAACUUUAUUAGAGAGGGUGAGGGCUAUGUUAGCUUCAUCUGGGCUCUCUAAUAAGUUCUGGGGGGAAGCUAUUUGUUAGGCAAGCAGCAUAGAGUCAGCUUCCCUCCUUCCUCUUACCCUAAUCUGUCUAAGUGUUCGUCUGUGCUUGAAUAUGUUCAUGCUGAUGUUUGGGGUCCUGCCAGUGUUCCUACCCACGGGGGUAGGAAAUAUUUCCUUUCUAUUAUUGAUGACUUCUCUAGAAAGGUGUGGGUUUGCCUUUUAGAACACAAGUCUGAUGUGUUUGUGAGGUUUAGGGAGUGGAAAACCCUAGUUGAAAACCAAACUGGCAGGAAGGUUAAAACCCUUAGGACCGAUAACAGGUUAGAGUUCUGUAAUAAGGAGAUGGAUAAGUUGUGUGUGGAUUGUGGGAUAAAAAGGCACAAAACUGUGCCUUAUACUCCCCAACAGAAUGGGAUAGCUGAGAGAAUGAAUAGGUCUCUGUUGGAUAAGGUUAGAAGCAUGUUAGCUACCUCUGGUUUGUCUAAGAAAUUCUGGGGUGAAGCAGUCACUACUGCUUCCUAUUUGGUUAAUAGGUCCCCGUCUGUCCCUCUUGGUGGUAAGUGUCCUGAAACCAUCUUUACCGGUAAGCCUCUUGAUCUGUCUAACCUUCGGGUGUUUGGUUGUGCAGCGUAUGCACAUCAACAGGGUGACAAGUUGGAUCCUAGGUCUAAGAAAUGUGUCUUCCUAGGUUAUCCAGAGGGGGUAAAGGGUUACAGGUUAUGGGAUAGAAACCAGGUAGGCUUUAAAGUGGUCCUUAGCAGAAAUGUGGUGUUUAAUGAAACUGGUUUUCCUUGCUUGACCGAGUCUGUUUCUAAUCCUGAGUCUAGGUCUGAUAGUACUCCUAGUGAGGUGGAGUCUGUCCCUGGUGCUGCUAGUCCUUUAUCUGUUGAUCCUGUUAUUACUGAUGAUAUUGUUAUGCAUGAUUCUGAUUCCUCUGAGCAUGUUAAUCCCACCACCUCGAGUGAGGUGGAGCAUUUGCAUGAUACUGAGCAUGAUUUGCAUGAUAUGGGUGCUGAAUCUGACUUUCAUGAUAACAAUAAUUUGCAUGAGUUGCAUGUGGAGCCUAGUAGUGAUAAUUUGCAUGAUUAUCAACUUGCUAGAGAUAGAAGUAGAAGGGCUAUCAGGAGAACUGCUGAUAGUAUGCCUGAUUAUGUUUUCAUUGUGCAUGAUACUUCUAUGUUUGCAUUUUCUGUGUUUGAAUCCCUAGAGCUGAAUGAACCCAAGACCUACCGUGAAGCCUUAGGUUCCAAAGAGUCUCAGAAAUGGAUUAGUGCCAUGAAAAGUGAGAUGGAUUCUUUGAGAGUGAACCAGACUUGGACCCUUGUGCCUAGACCCCCCAACUGUUCGGUAGUUGAGUGUAAGUGGUUGUUUAAGGUUAAGGAAGAACCUAGUGAUGUUAGGUUUAAGGCUAGGUUGGUUGCGAAGGGGUUUACUCAAAAAGAGGGGGUAGAUUAUGCAGAAAUCUUUGCUCCUGUUGUUAAAUUCACCACUAUUCGUAUGAUGCUUGCUUUAGUUGCUCACCAUGACUGGGAAAUGAAAUAGUGGUAUCAGAGACUAGGGUUAUCGUCGCCGUUGAUUUCGCCGGAUUCUGCCCUCCGCCGCCGUCCUCCGCCACCGUACGCCGCCGUACUCCGCCGGUUGAAGCUCGUGGAAGCAUCGCCGGAUCUGGGCCGUGGUUCUAGGUUGCCUCUGGAACCACCCUGCCGCCGUGAACCGCCGACUCGUCGUUGGAGGUCGUGACUUUGCCGGCCGUCCAUUUCUCUGUCCACUCGUUGCCAGGGAGGUCAUCGCUCGCCGAUUGGUUCAUCGCUGGAGCCGCCUUCCGCCAGAAAUCGACACCCAACAGUCUUUGUAAAAAUCAUCAAUGGAUGCAAAUGAUUGUUCCAAUUUAAUGUACACCUUCCCUUGGCUAGGUUGAUGCAAACAAAAUGCACUUCAUCUUGCUAGAUCGGUGAGGAUUGAGAUUCAUGAAUGCUCUUCAAUUCUAUCAAAGAUUGUAUCACAAGUGGCUUAGAGAAAUCAGAGAUGUCAAUUGCCUCACUUAUAUUAUUAUUAGCAGCGCUAUCAAUUAUGAGUGGUGAGUAACUGGUUGGUUGAUUAUCAUAUAACUGUGAUAUUCAUCUAAGGUCCAUUCAUCUAACCCUCAUGGAAAAAAAAUAUUACCUUAAAAUGUUUAAGCUUUAAUAGUAAUCAUUGUUUGUUUGUACACCUAAACGUGAAAAAACAAAACAAAAAAUAACGUUGAGUACAUUGUUCAUGCUCAUGUUACAUAAAAUAUAAAUAACCUGGUUAAGUGUUUAUGUUCCAUGAUUGUUACUUUCACUAAUGAUGGUUUAUUUGCAGGUAAGCUUUAUCAUGUCUUUGUAACUGAAUGUCAGUGCAUGUUAUAAGUUUACCUUAUUACUUAUUUUUGAAUUAUUGGUUGGCAUGUUGAGGAUGGGUCAAUAUAUGGGAUUACUAAGAUUUUCUAUAGUUAUUAUUCUGCAAUAAAUAGAUAUUUCAAGUUAGUUGUCAGAGUGCAAUAACCCCUUACCUGAAAACAAACAAUGUCAAGAACUAUUAUUAUAUGGCUAUAUAUUGUACACUCUUUUCUUUAUGUCUUUGUAUAGUAUGACAUAGUUCAUAAUCAAGAUUUGCAUUAAAUACUAGGGUAUUUAUAUAUUUUAGCUUGAUUAACUUAAAUAAAAUCUUGUUUGCAGUAUUUGGAGUGAAGAAGGCAUCCUAGAUAUGAUUCUACUCGUUUUGAUGAGAUAUUCAAUAGUUAAAUUAUGAAUCUAUUAGAAUAUAAUUAAUCAAACAAUAAGAAGAUAAGUGAGAGUUAGGGUUAAAUAUAAUAUCAUGAUUCUAUCUAAUAAAAAGGUAGGGUGUUCCCUGGCCCUUACCCCAAAGAAUUUUUGGAUUCUUUGGACUAAAACCGGGUUUUAAAAAAAUAAUAUGAUGAUUACGGUUCAAGCUUUCUUGUUCGAUAGAAUUUGCAGAGUCAUUUGAAAAUAACAAGAGUUUGUGAAGAUGAAAUAGUCAUCAUCAUUACCUCAAUGUCGCAAAGGCUCUCAUACCUUCGGUGGGAUAAGAGUGGUUUGAUGUACACAGUCUUACUCAUGUACUAAAGUAUAGAAAGAUUGUUUCCAGAUGAUCCAUAGUGAAAAUUGCGUCAAAAGUGCAUGGAUUGGCGAUUGCUUCAUAACAAAGACGUACAAACAGUUUAGCAAAUUAGAGCAACAGAAGGAACUAAUUAAGGGCAAAGUAGCAGAUUUACACCGUUGCUUUGGAAUCUAGCUAGCAACCUAGUACUACAAUACUACGUUGGAAAGAAGAAACCUAAUUAUAACCGCCGCAGCAAGAACUGGAGACAGAGCUGGAGCGGUAGAGAGACGAAGAAGAAUUCAAGAACUCAAUGCAGUCCUCAAUGGCUUCUGCUCUCUGGGAAUCCAUUGAUCUCUCUGCAUACGAUCUCGACCUUCCGAGCUGGCUGCUGCUUGCCGAGGAGACCUUCCGAGAGCACCGUCUCUUUCGUUCCGAACUCGAAACGAGACGAACCAUAUUCGCUCCGAUAUGCUUCAGAAAUCUCACGGCCGAAAACUCCGACGACCAGGAUGGAGACUGUCCUUCUUCCAUAAUAGUACUCUUUUUGUUCUUGUUCUUGUAGAGUUUGUUCUGUAUUGGUUUUUCAUGGUAGCCUUCUGGACUGAAGCUCACUCUCUUGCUAAUUUUUCUUGACAUAUUUUUGGUGGAAAGAUGGAGACUUAGCUAGUACAGAGAAUGUUUUUCUCUGGGUAGGAUAUGAGGAGGAAGAGAUGGUGUUAGAGAUGAUAGAUGGUGGAGAGGUGGUAUUUAUUGGUAAUUGAUGAAAAAGAUGAGAGAUAUCAGAAGGGGUUUCAAUUUUGUUUUUAACCAAAAAGCCAAGUCCACGAAGAGAAGGAAGUGAGAGGUUAUCAUCAAGUGAUAUUUGUCCAGUUUGAUUAGCAUAAAAUUUAUAAAUAAAAGUUGUGCAACGAGAUUUAUAAUAAAAAAAAAAGUGAAAUAGCAUUGUGAAUUUGAUAGUAGUUCACUAGUUCCAAAACGAAAGUUAUGAUUUUGAGGUUUGACCCGUUUUAAAACAAACUUCUCCGUUGUAACUUUUUAAUGAAUUAGAAAUUUGAAUUUACAUAUUCAUAACCACUUAAAAAGCUCUAUAAAAUCUUCAAAUUGAAAUUCAAAUAUAAUAGAAUUUUGUUACGUAGAAUUAAGGAUUAGAAGCGAAUUGUGUUGAUUAGUGCACAGUAAAGUGUUAACUAUAUAUUACUACCUAUCUACCUCGUCCCAAUUUGAUGUUCCAAGUUCAUAUUCAUUUGAUUAACACAAAUCACUCUUAAUCUUUUCAUUACAACAAUUCAACUAUCCUAAUGUAUCACAUAAAAGUGUUACAAUAUCACUGAAAAGUGUUACAUUAAUUAGAGAAAAUGUAUGUAAUAUGUUUUUACCAUUACAUUUGUCCAUGUUGCAUUUGACCUAUAGUAACACUUUAUAGUCCCUAAUGUAACAUUUAUGCGUCUAGAAAGUGUUACACUAGGUCUAAAAAGUGUUACAUUAGAGAAAUAUGUAACACUUUUAUAAAUAUGUUACAUCUUUAAUGUCACAUUAGGCCUAAAAUUGUAGUAGUGAAUUUACUUUAUAUAUCAAAUUUUUAUCAAAUUUGAUUCUGAUUUUUGCGAUUUUGUAAAGUUUUUAAUGUAAUUUUUGAAUAUGUAACAUUUUGUCUAAAAAUAGUUUGAGUGCGGAUAUGAAUCCGUUAGCUUUAUCAUCCGUCGAUCAUCAUAAACCGCAGCGAGAACAUCAAAUUGGGGUGGAGUGCGUAUUUUGGAAGGGAGGUACGGAGUAAUAUUCUUUUUUGAAAAGGAAUUGCCAAACUAUAUAAUUAAUUUGAUCAAUGGUUUACAAUUAUAAUUAAUCAACCAAUAACUGAAAAUUCGUCAACUAUCAUAUUAUAAGACUUGAAAUACGAUCAUAUUAUAAGACUUGAAUUGCCCCACGAGUAUUUUUUAGAAAAGGAAUAAAAUGACUUCGGGGUAAACGGGAAGAAAUAGACGGAGCAAAUAAUUUAGAAAAAGAGAGUAUUAGUUGUCCUACAUAUGACUUAAUUUUAUAUUAUCAUCUAUUUAAAGACUAAUAGAAUAUUAUUAGGAGAUUUGUUUCCUAUUAUGUAUUAAACUCCUUUAAUAUAAAUAGACAUGCCAGGGCUCCCAUUGGGUAACACUUUCCCAAAUAUUCACAUGGUAUCAAGAGCUUAGGUUUUUUUAUGUUAAGAAUGCAUUUUUGCAUGGUCAUCUUACAGAGGAGGUAUACAUGCGUCAGCCGCGGGUUUUAUUCAUCCUUUGUUUCCUACUCAUUUGUGUCGUUUGCGAAAAGCCAUUUAUGGUCUUAAGCAAGCCCCGCGAGCUUGGUUUCACAGAUUUAGUAGUUUUCUUAUAUCUCAUCAUUUCACAUGCAGCAAGUCUGAUAAUUCAUUAUUCAUUUUUCGCCAGAAUAAUAAUGUCAUUUAUUUAUUACUAUAUGUUGAUGACAUCAUUAUUACUGGCAAUUCUUCCGCUACUAUCACCUCUUUUAUUCAGCUUGUUGCUCAGCAUUUUGCAAUGAAAGAUCUGGGUGAUCUUCAUUAUUUUCUAGGAGUCCAGGCUGUCCACUCCGCUAAAGGUUUGUUUCUUUCUCAGCAUAAAUAUGUGUCUGACCUUCUCUUCCGCUUUCAUCUCCAUACUCUUAAGUCGGUUCGUACUCCGCUUGCUACUCGCACUUCUUUAUCUCUCACUGAUGGGGAACUUCUUGCUGAUGUCACUGAGUAUCGUAGUAUGGUUGGUGCAUUACAAUAUUUAACUUUGACAAGACCGGAUAUUACUUAUGUUGUGCAUUUAGUGUCUCAGUUUAUGCAUGCUCCCCGUACUACUCACCUUUUUGCAGUCAAGAGAAUUUUCAGGUACUUGCAGGGGACUCUUGAUCAUGGUUUGUGGCUUCAGCCUACAUCUCGGGCAACCUGUGUUAUUGCUUAUUCAGACGCUGAUUGGGCAGGUUGUCCCGAUACGUCUCGAUCCACGACUGACUUUGCUGUGUUCUUGGGCCCGAAUCUUGUCUCUUGGAAGUCCAAGAAGCAGCCUACAGUCUCCAAGUCCUCUACAGAAGCCGAGUAUAGAGCUAUUGCUUACACUGUUCAGGAUACUUUACAUGUUCGUUCUGUAUUGUUUGAACUCGGCUAUCCCGUUACUGCACCGGUUCAAUUAUUUUGUGAUAAUAUCUAUGCUUCUUAUUUGACUGCUAAUCCAGUACAACAUGCCCGUAGCAAGCAUAUUCAGAUAGACUAUCAUUUUGUUUGAGAGCGUGUGGCUCAUGGAGAUUUAGUUGUGAAAUACAUUCCCACACAGUUGCAGUUAGCUGACAUUUUUACCAAGAGCCUUUCUAGUCAGCAAUUUUUUUUUGAAGGCCAACCUGCGCACAGUUUGAGGGGGUGUAAUAGAAUAUUAUUAGGAGAUUUGUUUCCUAUUAUCUAUUAAACUCCUUUAAUAUAAAUAGACAUGCCAGGGCUCCCAU